AUGAACACGGCAAUACCCAAAGAUGAAGACGUGGCCGCCGAGUGGAAAGCCGUGGAGGAAAUCUGCAAUCCCUCGGACAUAAACUUUGCGAACACAACCUUGGUAGCACGAAGGCUGCACAAAAGCUAUGGCGCGCGACAAGCCGUCAAGGAAUUCUCUCUUGCAUUACGACCAGCUGAAUGCUUCGGCCUGCUCGGUGUUAACGGAGCCGGAAAGACGACAACGUUCCGAAUGUUGAUGGCCAUUACACCGAUGACUUACGGUGAAGCCUUCAUGAGGGAUGUUGCGUUGUCUAAAGAACCACGGAAGUGGCAGUCAAGGAUUGGCUACUGCCCUCAGCGGGACGCCCUGCCGGAAAAGCUUAACGCCCACGAGAACCUCUACCUGUUUGGCCGUCUUCGAGGGGUACCUGAAGAAAGCCUACCGGAUAUAGUGAGGCAAAUGAUCGAGCUCACCGGUUUGCAAGAACAUGCAGACAAGAGGUGUGACUACUAUAGUGAUGGAAACAAGCGCAAGCUCUCUACCGCAAUCUCGUUGAUCGGCCUACCUGGGAUUGUGUUCUUGGAUGAGCCGUAUGCUGGCGUCGACGUGCUCGCCAGGACCCAUAUCCACAAGCGACUGAUCGACAUCAAGGAGCGAACAAAAUGCAGCAUGGUACUUAGUUCACACAGCAUGGAAGAUUGUGAGAUCGCUUGUGACCGGCUGUGCAUCAUGGUUAAGGGCGAAAUGGUUUGCUUGGGAACACUGCAGCAUCUGAAGGAUAAGUUUGGAAAAGGCUGCAACGUUAAACUCUUUCCCUGCGACUCGCCAAAGGCACGCCCACAAGAAAUAUUAGAAGCUGCUGGGAAACUAUUUCCAGGCAUGAAGAUCCUGAACAAUACACAGGAACAGAUCGAAAUCCGCACUCGUGACAAGCUUCCGUGGAGCGUCCUUUUUCGCAAGCUUGAAACUUUGGACAGAGUUGCCGGUUGCAAAGGCACUCUUGCUUCAGAUACCACCUUGGAGCAGUUAUUUAUUGAGUUUGCGGAGAAAGAACAUACUCAAAGUACCUUAGUUCUGAAUAGAUCACCAGUAGCAUCACCAUAAGCAGCUACAGUGUUACCGGCAUCAGAGUGAACCUAUGCACGUAAACUUCGUUCUUAGCAUCUGGAAGCCAUCAGCAAUUACGUUGCUCUGACCAGUUGAACAAAUACUAAUAUAUGCAAAUAAAUAUAUUUGG